AUGACUCGUAGCCAGUCGGGAGAUCUACUACCACUAGACCAGGAGCUUGAACGAACCUGCAGAAACUUCAAGCGGGCUCUAAAGGCGCAACUGGCUGCGGAGGAGGCACUAUCACAGCUGCAGUUAGAAGAAGAGGAAGAAGAGAUGGCUAAUCCAGAGAACCAUGAUGUGAUCCCUGAGGAGCAGACCAUGGGAUCCUACUAG